UACUGAAGCGACAAUUCAGAUGAACGCUAUCUCUAGUGGAAAUAUUGCAUGUGCUUUUCCUCAUAACUAAGAGUAAAAUCAACAGAUUAUUAGGUCCUUGCCAGCUUGCAUCUGACUUAAAUAAACCAUCUGAUUUAACAGUUUCACUCGAUCAGGUUUAUCUCAGAAAGUAUGUUGAAAUGAAGCAAUGUGAGGUUGCUCAAGAUCCUUUCUUCCUCCAACACAUUUUUAACCACUGUUUACAAUGAGGAAAUACAUAAAGUUCACUUGAUCUGAAUCACUGGUUAAGGACAGAAUUCUGCUGCUUUACUAAUUUGUGCUACCUCAUUCUGAAAUCUGUCAAAUUUUCUAAGAGCUACAGUUUUCCAUUAAUUGCUUCAGGAAGUAUCAGUUACAUCACUUGAAGUUAAGAAGCACUGGUGGUAAUUGCAUUUUACAGUAAUUAUCUACCACUAUUAUUAAUAGCAAAAGGAGGGCAGAAAAACAUAUAGGUGGUGCAUGUAACGCAUACCUAUGUACAUGCAAACUAUACAAACUAUGUGCAAUGAAGGAUUAUCGGUUCACCUGAAAACACAUAUUUCGGGAGUGUGCGAGGGAAUCGGAGGUCCUGGAGGAAACCCAUUUAAAUUCCACCCAGACUGAGCUGCUUCUGAACCCAUGUCCAUCCGCGCAGCCUAGACGCUAGCACUACCCACUGCGCCUCCCUGAUGUAUGACCAGGACUGUUGCCUAACAAGAGCAGUGGAUAUGGAUGCCGGAAUCCCGACCUUUGAAUGGACCCAGAUGGGUCUACCAGUCGCUGAAGUUUUUGCCUUGAGCUUUUCCUCCACGCAGCUCCAGCAUGGACCCCACAUACAUCCGUCACCUCGAGCUGCUGGGCUUCGAAAGGAGAUUCUUCCCUCGGCAUCAUUACGUGUACAUGUUCCUGGUGAAAUGGAGUGACCUGUCAGAAAAGCUAGUCUACAGGAAAUAUCCAGAAAUUCAUACGUUUCAUAAAUCUCUGAAAGAGAUGUUCCCCAUUGAAGCUGGAGACAUUGAUCCCAAAGACAGGAUAAUUCCCUCCCUGCCUGCACCAAAGUGGUUUGACAAUCAGAAGACAACUGAAAACAGACAGGGCACAUUGGCAGAGUACUGCCAUUCCUUGCUCAACCUGCCACCCAAGAUUUCACGGUGCCAGCUGCUGUUGGACUUUUUCCAGGUCAGACCUGAUGAUGAGAUUCCACCCUCCUCACACCCGUUUAAAAGAAAUGAAACCUACUUGAUGUCAAAGGACAGAUCAAGAAACAACACAUCUGAGAUCAGUGGCCCCAUUAUCCUGGAGACAUACAGGGCUAUUUCAGAUUACAGCAAAAACUCCAAGCGUGAAGUGGACCUGUCUGCAGGAGACAUGUUGGAGAUUAUAGAGAAGAAUCCUAAUGGCUGGUGGUUCUGCCAGUGCGAGUCCCGCCGUGGCUGGGUGCCUGCAUCCUACCUGGAGCCAUUGGAGGGACCUGAUGAGGCUGAGGAGCCAGAGCCAAACUACGAGGGGGAGUUGUAUGAAACCAUUAAAGCAUAUACCGCCACUCAAGAAGAUGAGUUCACCCUUCAAGCAGGAGAGAUUAUUGAGGUCAUCCACAAAUUGCUGGACGGCUGGUGGGUGGUCAGGAAAGGGGAGGAGACUGGCUACUAUCCCUCCAUGUUCCUGUGCAAAACUGGACUAAGGAAGGAGGCAGACACCGACAGGAAUAUGAUCAGAAGGGAGACACCCCCACCCAGAAGGUCCACAAUCCGUAACGUUAAGAGCAUCCACGCAAAAGGGCGCAACCGAAUCACCCAGGACGCCUACCGCAGGAACAGCCGGCGCUACUUGCAACAGCGCGGCCCUCGUUCCUCCCCUGGCCGCGCAGCCCCCAAGGCCUCGGCGGGGUCAUCCGCGCAGGACAGGAGGCUCACGGGCGGGAGCGCUUCUGGGCCUGCUUCGGAGCCCAAAAAGAUGCCCAUCGUACCUCCCCGUCCAAGUACAGAGCUCAUCCUGGAGCGCUGCACGGCGGAUACGCGGAAGAAGGUUGUUAUCCACAGCACCACCUGAGAAGCGGUCAUCCCAAAUUGCUCAACCUGUCAUCGUGUGGCUACGUCAUUCCUCUGCGUGUUACGUGGUCUAAAAUAAUGCUAUAACCCCGAUGGAAGAAUCGUACGAGCGCGUUCUGGCUGCCUCUGCUUUUUUUUCUGAAGUGCUCCUGUGUCUGGCAACAUCAGUGGUACGAAGUGUGUGUAUAACAGCGCUGUAAUAGUUCCAGAAGGCAUUUCAUUACUGUGCUGAAUUUGCAAGGCAGUGUUUAUUUAUU